GUGAUACCUGUAUAUCCCAUGUUUCAAUAAAAAAUAUUAUGCUGAUAUAUUUUUUUGUAAUAAAAUUUGCUUCGUAGUAAUGGGGUUAAAAUAAUUACAAUGUGUUUACCUCCUUCAGGAAUUAAAAGAAUAUGAUAUGGAGGAUGAUGUUCCAUUUAAUUCAGAAACCCACAGGAGUCAGUCUUUUUCUUGUAAUGCAGGUAGCUUAACGCCCACAUUAAAGGUAACAGUUUUACCUCACUUUACCAAAAGUACAAGCAUUCUGUUUUAGGAGAUUUCUAUAAUUAUUUUGUAGUUUUGUUCGGUGGUUAAAAAUAUCCGCAUUGUUCAGUGGAUAUGCUACAGUCACAUAGAUUAACAGUGGAAAUUCAGGAAUGUAUUGCUUCAGAACUUCAUUUGUUCCCCUUUCUUUUGGAAGCAGAAAAAGAAGAUUGGUGAAAUCCCAACUCGUGUAAUCAGUGUUCCAAACCUGGCUGCAUAUGAGAAAAACCUUAUGAAUCAUGAUAUUAUACCACGUAAAAUUAUGAAUCCAAUUAGAAAUUCUCCAAGUUUGGAUCAAAGUGUAAAACAUGGUUAUCCUUUCAAACCACCAGCACAGCUCCUAAACAUCAUUCGUCCAAGCAGGCAUGUAUGCACUUUUACAUUCAGAAAAUAAAAAAAACUAUUAAAUGGUGGAAUAUCUCCCAUGCUAUUCUUAUAUAAAAAGGAAUUGACGCUUUUCUUAUAUAAAAAGGGAUAAGCACAAUUUUUUGAUGAGCAGUAUAAAUAAAAUAAUUUGCCUCCAUCAACGUAACCAUGUAAUGAACACCAUAAUUCUUUGAGUUUUAUUAAAUUGUUUUAACCCACUUAUGGCUCCAUUUUUAUCACAGAGCCUGACAUGAAUAAUGUUAAAAUUCAAACACCUUGAACUUUUUUUUCAUGUUCUUCAAACUAUUCCUGAACAUUUAUUGCAGUGUGGUAGGGUAGGGUAGGAUAGGGUGCAUUAUCCUCCUGAAAUAGGUCACUACCAUCAAGGAUCACCAUUUACCUGCAGGGGUGUACAUGGUCUGCAACAAUCUCUAGAUAUGUGGUAUGUGUCAAGCUGACAUUCACAUGAAUGCCAGGACGCAAGGUUUCCCAGCAGAACAUCGCCCAGAGCAUAACACUGCCUUCACUGGCCUGCCUUUUUCCCAUAGUGCAUCCUGCUGCCAUCUCUUCCCCAGGUAAACUAUGCACAUGCAACUAGCCAUCCACUUGAUCUAAAAUAAACCGUGAUUCAUCAGACCAGGCAACCUUCUGCCAUCGCUGCAUGGUUCAGUACUGACACUAAGGGUCGUCAUUAGCACUCUGACAGGGUCUGCGGCUAUGCAGCCCCAUACAUUGCAAACUGCGAUGCACUGUGUAUUCUAAAACACCUUUCUAUCAUUGCCAGCAAUGUGACCUACAGAGGCUUUUCUGUGUGAUUGGACCACAUGAACUAGUCUUUGCGCCUUGACAGGCUGCCAUUGUAAUGAUAUAAUCAAUGUUAUUCACUUCACCUGUCAGUGGUUUUAAUGUUGUGGCUGAUCAGUGUCUGUCUCGACACUCCCCCCCAUCCCCAUUACCCCCAUCCCACCCAUGGUAAUAAUGAGAAAUUGAAAGGAUUUAAGUCAUUGUUAAAUUAAAUAGAAAAAGAAAUGUCCUAGGGAAUUGGUGGCAGUAGAAUCUCAGUAGAUGUCUGGCAAGAUAAGCUGUACGCUGUUCUGAUGUGUAGAGUUAGGCAGGUCAUUAGAUAUAGAGGGAACAUGCAAACAUGUUCUAAUCUAACAAAAUGUGAUUUUGUUUUGGUUAUUUAUUUUUUUGUGUGACUAAAUGUGCUUGUAAUACAUGUUUGUAGCCAAAAUAACUAAAUAUGCUUUAAAAUACAUUAGUUAAACAAACACUCCAGGCACCAUAACACCUUCACCAGAAUUAAGUUGUGAUACAAUUAAGUUGAGAUGCACCCCGGACAACAGCUUAUCUCAAGGGGUUAAACCAUGUAUCCACAAAGUCUUGAAUCCUGCUCCAGCUCUGCCCACUUACUUCCAUUUCAGCCUAAUGCUUGUAUCAGGAAGUCUCACACUGGGAGCCGCUGACAGGCUGAGAGCAUCAGCUGACACUCUAAGCCUACCAGUAAUGCCCUAUUCACAAAAUGGACGGAGAAAAAUACAUCUGUUUUUCAGUCCGGUCUGCGAAACCGGAGCCUAUCAGUGGUUCCCAUUCGAAGGCUCAUGACUCAAGCCACUGACUGCAACGGAAGUAGCUGGGCAGACCUGACAGAUGUCGGAUUUAAGAUUUUGUGGUAAAUACGUUCAUUAACGGUAGGCCUGCACCUAGGGACCGUUGCACACCAUAACAACUUUAUUCUGAUUAAGUUGUUAUAGUGUUUGGAGUGUCCCUUUAAAACUGCUUUUCCUCUCUUGUUACAGAUAAUAAAUCUUAAUUAAAUAGCACUAAUAUUUUUUUUUUUUUAAAGGCGAAUUCACACCAAUGUUUCUUCAAAGGCAGACUCUUCAGAUCAAGAACCCAAGAGGCCUGAGUGGUUCACAAAAUAUUUCUCAUUCUGAAAAUAUCCAAAAACAAAAUACAUCAAUGCGUUAAUCAUGUUGCACUGUUAUAGAUACUGUAUUAUAAAGAUAACAAUUCUUGUAUUAAUAAAAUAUUCAUGUAAUUGUGUUUCACUUUGUUUACAGAAUAUUGAUGCAAAUAAAACUGUAAUACAUGC